UUCUAAAACGCUGCUGCGUACUGCAAGAGGAAUUAAAGCGGCUGCCUUGCAGGCAGGAAGCCGACAAGCAAGAUGCUUAAUUAUCGUGGAAGUAAGUGCUUGUUACCACUGCGUGGAGCGGGGAGCGAGGCUCAUCCUCAGGGUGUCGGCGUGAUUUGUAGACAAUGCAGCCCUGUCAGUGCAGUGCUGGGUCAGCAGCAUCUUCCCAACAUGGAUUUGGCAAGAAUCUAAAGGCCACCCCUUGUGUCGUGUGUGGAGCUUGGGAAAGGGUCCUCUGCCUUUAUUUCCGGGAUGCACGCCACCGCGCAGGGUUCUGUGCUCGGGAUUUGUGCCUCUCCCUCCUGACUGCUGUGCACCGAGGAAGUUGGUCUUCAAGGCCCUCGCCUGGAAGGAUGCUGACAGCUCUUGGUCGCUCUUGGGGAGUCUGCAGAGGUCUCGCUACGGCAGAGGUCUAGUUUCUGCUUUCUUCAUAAAUGAGCGCCGAAGGGUGGGGUGGGUUGCAGUGCCUAAGGAAAUGCAGACAUUUUGUUAAUUAGUGAACUAGCUCCAGCUUUAGGAAUAGAUGAAACUGGAGAGAGCUUGGCAAGAGGUGGUGGCAAAUGCCGGAUUCAUUCUGAAAUGUUCCUCCUCCGAGAAAGCAUGGGAUUAUAGCAACCACAGAGUCCCAGUAAUACAAGUUCCAUUCAGUUUUUUCUGAAAGAAAGCCAUCUAUUAAAGUGAAGCAAAGGAACGAUUGUGGAUUAUAAUGUUCUGAAGAUCUGGAUUUUCAGAAGCUUGAAAAUAAGGCAUCGUUUAACCUUUUAAAUGAAAAAGAGUAAGAUCUCAUGCAACUGCUGUAUUUGCUGGAAACUGUUCUCCGAAAGGGAAGUGCACAUUUAGAGCUGGAGAUGAUGGUCCUUUCCGCAGGGAUUUAGGUCUGACCGCUUUCCCAUCAUGACCAGCUUGAAACGGUCGCAGACGGAGAGGCCUAUUGCCACGGACAGGGCCUCGGUGGUGGGCACCGAUGGCCCUCCCAAAGUCCACACUGACGACUUCUACAUGCGGCGUUUCCGGUCCCAGAACGGCAGCCUGGGAUCCUCGGUCAUGGCUCCGGUAGGGCCCCCCCGCAGUGAAGGUCCUCACCAUAUCACCUCGACCCCCGGAGUCCCAAAGAUGGGGGUCAGGGCUAGGAUCGCAGAUUGGCCCCCACGGAAGGAAAACGUCAAAGAAUCUAGCCGUUCAAGUCAGGAAAUAGAAACCUCAAGUUGCCUUGAGAGCAUGUCCUCCAAAAGCAGUCCCGUGAGUCAGGGAAGUUCUGUUAGCCUCAAUUCCAGUGACUCAGCCAUGUUGAAAAGCAUACAGAACACGCUGAAAAGCAAGACGAGACCAUUGGAGAGCAUGGACUCCAGAUUCCUCAUGCCUGAAGCCUACCCCAGCUCCCCCAGAAAGGCUCUUCGCAGAAUCCGGCAGCGGAGCAACAGCGACAUCACCAUAAGUGAACUUGAUGUGGAUAGCUUCGAUGAAUGUAUCUCACCCACCUACAAGACUGGGCCCUCCCUGCACAGGGAGUAUGGUAGCACCUCUUCAAUCGAUAAGCAGGGAACGUCUGGAGAGAGCUUCUUUGACUUGUUAAAGGGCUACAAAGAUGACAAAUCCGACCGAGGCCCAACUCCAACCAAGCUCAGUGACUUUCUCAUUGCAGGUGGGGGCAAGGGUUCUGGUUUCUCUUUGGAUGUUAUAGAUGGGCCCAUCACACAAAGAGACAACCUCAGGCUCUUCAAGGAAAGGGAAAAACCACUCAAGCGACGGUCCAAGUCUGAAACUGGAGACUCAUCCAUUUUUCGUAAAUUACGCAAUGCCAAAGGUGAUGAACUUGGGAAAUCAUCGGAUCUUGAAGAUAACCGGUCAGAAGACUCCAUCAGACCUUGGAUGUGUCCAAAGUGCUUUGCCCACUACGAUGUCCAGAGUAUAUUAUUUGACUUGAACGAGGCGAUCAUGAACAGGCACAAUGUUAUUAAGAGGAGAAACACCACCACGGGGGCUUCGGCAGCUGCUGUAGCGUCCUUGGUUUCAGGACCUUUGUCCCACUCAGCCAGUUUUAACUCCCCGAUGGGCAGCACGGAAGACCUGAAUUCCAAAGGAAGCCUCGGCAUGGACCAGGGCGAUGAUAAAAGCAAUGAGCUUGUAAUGAGCUGUCCGUAUUUUCGGAAUGAGAUAGGUGGAGAAGGUGAAAGGAAAAUCAGCCUGUCGAAGUCAAACUCUGGCUCCUUUAGUGGGUGUGAAAGUGCCUCCUUUGAGUCUGCACUCAGCUCCCAUUGCACAAACGCAGGAGUGGCAGUGCUUGAAGUGCCCAAGGAGAACCUGGUGUUGCAUCUGGACCGCGUGAAACGGUACAUCGUGGAGCACGUGGACCUCGGCGCCUACUAUUACAGGAAAUUCUUCUUUCAGAAGGAACACUGGAACUAUUUUGGGGCUGAUGAGAAUCUUGGUCCAGUGGCUGUGAGCAUUCGAAGGGAAAAACCAGAAGAAAUGAAAGAAAAUGGAUCUCCUUACAACUACCGAAUAAUAUUUAGAACUAGCGAGCUCAUGACACUGAGAGGUUCGGUCCUGGAGGAUGCCAUACCUUCAACAGCAAAGCACUCGACAGCCCGGGGGCUGCCCCUGAAAGAGGUGCUGGAGCACGUGAUCCCGGAGCUCAAUAUCCAGUGCCUGCGGCUGGCCUUCAACACUCCCAAAGUCACAGAGCAGCUCAUGAAACUGGAUGAACAAGGGCUGAACUAUCAGCAGAAAGUCGGCAUCAUGUACUGCAAAGCUGGACAGAGCACGGAGGAAGAGAUGUACAACAAUGAGUCAGCCGGCCCGGCCUUUGAGGAAUUCCUUCAGCUGUUGGGAGAACGCGUUCGGCUCAAAGGAUUUGAGAAGUAUCGUGCACAGCUUGACACCAAAACUGACUCCACUGGAACCCAUUCUCUGUACACAACAUACAAAGACUAUGAAAUUAUGUUCCAUGUUUCUACCAUGCUGCCAUACACACCUAACAACAAGCAACAGCUCCUACGGAAGCGGCACAUUGGAAAUGAUAUUGUAACAAUUGUUUUUCAAGAGCCUGGAGCACAGCCAUUCAGCCCAAAAAACAUCCGCUCCCACUUUCAGCACGUUUUCGUCAUCGUCAGGGUUCACAACCCCUGCACGGACAGUGUCUGCUACAGUGUGGCCGUCACCAGGUCCAGAGAUGUGCCUUCCUUUGGACCUCCCAUCCCCAAAGGGGUCACUUUCCCUAAGUCAAAUGUGUUCAGGGACUUCCUUCUGGCCAAAGUGAUAAAUGCAGAAAACGCUGCUCACAAAUCAGAAAAGUUCCGGGCCAUGGCGACUCGGACGCGCCAGGAAUACCUGAAGGAUCUGGCCGAAAAGAAUGUCACCAAUACUUCUAUUGACCCCUCUGGCAAAUUCCCGUUCAUCUCUCUGGCCUCCAAGAAGAAGGAAAAGUCUAAGCCGUACCCAGGAGCUGAGCUGAGCAGCAUGGGGGCCAUUGUGUGGGCCAUCCGCGCUAAGGACUACACCAACGCCAUGGAAAUAGACUGCCUUCUUGGGGUCUCCAAUGAGUUCAUCGUCCUCAUCGAACAGGAAACAAAGAGCGUGGUUUUCAACUGCUCCUGCAGAGACGUGAUAGGGUGGACUUCAACUGACACCAGCCUCAAAAUCUUCUACGAGCGAGGAGAAUGUGUCUCGGUGGAGAGUUUCACUAACAAUGAGGAUAUCAAGGAGAUUGUCAGAAGGUUGCAGUUUGUGUCAAAAGGCUGUGAGUCCGUGGAGAUGACUCUGCGAAGGAAUGGGCUAGGGCAGCUUGGCUUCCAUGUCAACUACGAGGGCAUCGUGGCGGAUGUGGAGCCCUACGGCUACGCCUGGCAGGCAGGGCUGAGGCAGGGCAGCCGGCUGGUGGAGAUCUGCAAGGUGGCGGUGGCCACUCUGAGCCAUGAGCAGAUGAUCGAUCUCCUGAGGACGUCCGUCACGGUGAAGGUCGUCAUUAUCCCCCCGCAUGAUGACUGCACCCCACGGAGGAGUUGCUCAGAAACCUACCGCAUGCCAGUGAUGGAGUACAAAAUGAACGAGGGGGUUUCAUACGAGUUCAAGUUUCCCUUCCGAAACAACAACAAGUGGCAGAGGAACGCCAGCAAAGGGCCUCAUGGGCCUCAGGUCCCCGCCCAGGUACAGAGCCCCAUGACCUCGAGGCUGAAUGCCGGGAAAGGAGACGGGAAGAUGCCUCCUCCUGAGAGAGCCGCCAACAUUCCACGCAGCAUCUCCAGCGACGGGCGCCCCCUGGAGCGGCGGCUGUCUCCUGGUUCGGACAUCUACGUGACGGUCUCGUCCAUGGCUUUAGCGAGAUCCCAGCAGUGCCGUAACUCCCCCAGCAACCUGUCUUCGUCCAGCGAGACUGGCUCUGGCGGGGGCACGUACAGGCAGAAAUCCAUGCCUGAAGGGUUUGGAGUCAGCCGCAGAUCCCCAGCCUCCAUUGACAGGCAGAACACCCAGGCAGAUCUUGGUGGCAGCGGAAAAUCCACACCCAGCUGGCAAAGAAGUGAGGAUAGCAUUGCCGACCAGAUGGAGCCGACAUGCCACCUCCCAGCAGUAUCGAAGGUCCUGCCCACGUUCCGAGAGAGCCCCAGUGGGAGGCUGAUGCGGCAGGAUCCAGUGGUUCACUUGUCUCCGAACAAACAGGGGCAUCCUGACAGCCACUACUCGAGCCACUCCAGCAGCAACACCCUGUCCAGCAACGCGUCCAGCGCCCACAGUGACGAGAAGUGGUAUGACGGGGACCGCACUGAGUCUGAGCUCAACAGCUACAACUAUCUGCAGGGCACCUCUGCCGACAGCGGCAUCGACACCACCUCCUACGGCCCCAGCCAUGGUAGCAGCGCCUCCCUGGGGGCCGCCACGGCCUCGCCUCGCUCGGGGCCCGGCAAGGAGAAAGUGGCCCCCCUGUGGCACAGCUCCAGCGAGGUCAUCUCCAUGGUGGAUCGGACAUUAGAGGCUGAGAGCCACGGCCUGGACCGGAAAGCAGAGUCCUCCCUGAGCCUGGACAUCCACAGCAAGAGCCAGGCCGGCUCCAGCCCUCUGACCCGGGAGAGCAGCACUUUCAGCAUCAACGACGCCGCUUCCCACACGAGCACCAUGAGCUCCCGCCACUCCGCCAGUCCCGUCGUCUUCGCCAGUGCCCGGAGUUCCCCCAAGGAAGAGCUGCAUCCGGCCACCUCCUCGCAGCUCGCACCCUCCUUCUCCUCCUCCUUGUCCUCCUCGUCUGGUCCUCGGACUUUCUACCCUCGCCAGGGCGCCACUAGCAAGUACCUGAUUGGAUGGAAAAAACCCGAAGGAACCAUAAAUUCUGUGGGAUUUAUGGACACAAGAAAGCGUCAUCAGAGUGAUGGCAAUGAAAUAGCCCACGCCAGGCUGCGGGCCUCCACCAGGGACCUCCGAGCAUCUCCCAAGCCAGCCUCCAAGUCCACCAUUGAGGAGGAUCUCAAGAAACUCAUCGACCUUGAAAGCCCAACUCCCGAAUCCCAGAAGAACUUUAAGUUCCAUGCGCUCUCCUCGCCUCAGUCUCCUUUCCCCCACACCCCCACCUCAAGGCGGGCCUUGCACAGGACGCUGUCGGAUGAGAGCAUCUACAGCAGCCAGAGGGAGCACUUCUUCACCUCGAGGGCCUCACUUCUGGACCAAGCCCUGCCCAACGACGUCCUCUUCACUAGCACGUACCCUUCUCUCCCCAAGUCUCUUCCACUGCGGAGGCCUUCCUACACCUUGGGAAUGAAGUCGCUGCAUGGAGAGUUCUCCGCCUCGGACAGCUCCCUCACCGACGUCCAGGAGGCCCGCAGGCCCAUGCCCGACCCCGGCCUCAUGCCCCUGCCCGACGCUGCUGCCGACUUGGAUUGGUCCAACUUGGUGGAUGCCGCCAAGGCCUAUGAGGUCCAGAGAGCCUCCUUCUUUGCUGCUAGUGAUGAAAACCAUCGCCCCUUGAGCGCUGCAUCCAACAGCGACCAACUUGAGGACCAGGCCCUGGCCCAGAUGAAGUCCUACAGCAGUAAGGACUCCUCCCCCACUCUGGCCUCUAAGGUGGACCAGCUGGAGGGGAUGCUGAAGAUGCUUCGGGAAGACCUGAAGAAGGAAAAAGAAGACAAAGCCCACCUUCAGGCAGAAGUCCAGCACCUGCGCGAGGACAACCUGAGGCUGCAGGAGGAGUCCCAGAAUGCCUCUGACAAGCUGAAGAAGUUCACGGAGUGGGUCUUCAACACCAUCGACAUGAGCUAGGGCAGGCGGCCCGGAGCAGCCGCAGCCCCCGGAGGCUGUGCAGCCCUGGUCAGGCCAUUGAGCGUUCUCAGACUCCCUGCUCAGCUUCCUGCCUACUCGGCCCACUUUGGGGGGUACACACACACACAGCAAUUGCAGAUCAACAAUCAUUGUCUGCCUUUUGUAGAAAAGAAAAACAAAAAAGUAAAAAUUUUAAAAAGUAAAAUAAAGUUUAACUGCUAAAAUGUGAAUGUCUUUAUUUUUUUGCACAAUAUCUUUAUCUGUUAUGUAUUUAAAAAGAAACUGGGCCUAGGACAAGGUUCCCCAGCUUAUCUGCCUCUAUUUCCUUCGGCUCUUUCUUAACUAUUUCAGGUAACCCCAGCAACCCAGGCUGCCCCUCAUUAUCCUGACGAAUGUCAUUGUUCCUAGGAAAGUAAAAGGUUUUAAAAAUUGUGUAUUUGGGGAAGGGGUUUCCUUACCUGCAUUUCUAAAAUGCCGGGGAGGGUGGGCCUGCCUCUGCUGCUGGCUUGUGCCGGAGCCCGUGCUGUUGGUGCCUGUCCUGCAGAGACUGGCAGGACGGGGCUAUUACCCCACAGCAAAGCCCUGCCAGAGAGAGGCGGCCUUGCCUGCAGGCCACGCCCCCAGGUCCUGCCUUGUGCCCUCAUUCCCUCCUUCCUUUCCGGGGGAGAUGGCCCCAGGUGCUGUGUGCUCCUCGGUUUGGCUUAAGUGAAUCCCACCCAAUUGGAAUCGGCCUCCCUGCAGCUUCCGGGCUCCAAACACUGAUUUCAGGAUUCUUUCAACCUGCAAUAUUAUCUGUAGCAUUUUGGCCAAAAGUAUCGUGUUGGAGAUUUUUAAACGAUGAAAAAGGCAGCAAAAUUGUAUUUUUGGCUCACUCAAAAUGACCAUAUUAAAAAAUUAAUAAACCCUUGUCUCCAAAGCAAGAUUUCACCAGUAUUUGAAACUAGGAAAAGCGGAUGUUAAAUUGUGAAUUUUAGUACUUGCUUCUUAGGAGCAAUGACUAUGAUGGUGGAAGGGGCUUCUGAAACCUGCAUGUCCCAGUGUGCACCCGAAGCACGGCAUUUUCUGCAUCCUCUGUGGCCAUGAAAGGGUUCUGCUGCAGAAACGGCCCCUUUGCGCCUCCUCCUGCCUGGUGAUGCAGUGCUCGGGGCCGCUGUGCCAAGGCCCUGGGCCCAGCAGGGCACACACACUGGGCCCAGCAGUGUUGACCCCAGGGGAGCCCCUGGCGGCCCUGUUUCUAGCCUUCACAACUGUCAGGAAGCCGACACCUGUGCCCUUUCGGGGAACGUGCAGCGAUCUCGUGUCACCUGCUUGGGCGUUCCCUGCCCCAAGGAACCCCGACUCAUUCCUCACUCCAGCCCUGAAAGAAACAGGGUGGGUUUUCCCCUCUCCUCCCCGAACCCCAGCCCCAGACUUUUAUGCUACAGUUUCAUUCAUGAUUGUGAUUUCUCCAUGGGAUUUUUUUUUUUUCUGGUGACAUUUCUAUCAUGGAAAUGGGAAGAUUUCAGAGUGCUCUGUAAAGAUCUCAGUGGUCUCUGGCGUGUGUGAAGGAGAUUGUACGUUGCCUGAUAUCUCUUUAUCAAUGAGAAAUGUCGCUAGCAUUUAAGCAUUCUGAAGGCUUGCUUAUCCGCCUGAGUUUAGUUUUUACUUUGUUUUACAUUUUGUUUGGGGACUUGGGGCAAGCUAUUUAUUAGAGUUUUGCAACAGAGUUCUUGUUUGAAGCCUUUAAAGACUACUUGUAAAAGUCCAACAAUAAAAUUCAUUUUAAACGCUCUUGUAAAACG